UUCCAACCGCACAAAUAAUAAACGUUGACCGUGGGUGGGCUUGUUGUAAAAGACCUGUUGUAUCCGUACCUGAACCGUCCUGUUCCUGAUCCAUCCCAUCAGUUGAUAGUACAGAAGAACGGAUUCAAUCGCAACUGCGAAUAGAGUACACCACCCUCCAAUUGUGUUUUGGUCGGAUCGUGGAAUACUUUAGUCUUUGACAGAUUAACAAUUUGAUCUAUAUCAGAGCGUUGAUUCGACGGUGGGACACCUGUUACUAUUCAGAUACAAAAUCACAUUGUUGGAAGCUUGAUCCAGAUUCCAUUGGAACGGAAAAACAUUGAUCUUUUGUUCACCUGGCAGUUUAAUCUAGUUGGAGCGAAUAGGAUUGGAUGAAAUUGCCUAUCAAAAGUCAGCUUAGAUUUCACUCUGUACCAAACUCAUUUCUUCCAUGGCGGGCUUACCUGUUCUUGCAGGGCAACAAAUGGACGAGGGCCUGGAAAAUAUGUGGCAUGGAUCAGCUGAUUGUAUUCGUGCGAUAGAUGCUGGUGAGUGAUGCUGGCUGCAUCCGAGUCCCUCGAUUAAGGUCAAUGCCUUUGUAGAAAACAGAUGCGAUACCUACUGAUCUAUUUUCGUAUUCUAUUUUUUCCUUCGUUUGAUUCAACCUGUGAUGACCGGAUUUCCUGUGCAUGGAUUAUGAUCGAUGGUUGAUUUGGCGGGCUGUGGUACGGCAGCCACAGAGAAUUGGAGAAAUCAAAAGUUGCCACUUGCGAAGAUUAAGAAGAUAAUGAAGAGCGAAGACCUCAUACUUCAGGAAUUGGAAAAGGAUCGACUUGAGAAGAAGGCGGCAGAAGAAGGCCAACCAAUGCCUUCAUCAAAUGAAAAAACUACGAAGUUCAUGAUUUCAGGCGAAGCACCUGUAUUGAUGAGUAAGGCCUGUGAACUCAUGAUUAAGGAUCUAUCCUUCCGGGCUUGGAGACACACAGAACGAAAUAGACGGAGAACCUUGCAAAAACAAGACUUACAUGCAGCAGUGGGGGAAAGCGAAGUUUACGACUUUCUGAUAGACAUAGUGCCUAGGGUAACAACAACGACACCAAAAAUGCAACAUGCCCACACAACACAUCUUUCGUCGUCUUCAUCUGUGCCAGGGACCGCAACGAUGAUUCCGCCAACUAUGGGGAUGCAAGUUGCUACAGGCAUGCCUGUGGGGCUCCCGGCGCCUGCUAUGCCACAGCAAACAACUCAAAGCACUGCAGUGAUAGAUCACGCAAAUGCGGGAAUGAUGCAACUGAUUGGCACGGCACACCCACUCCAAGCCCAACAGCACGCUGCUCAGCAACAGCAAACAACUCAAUUUCAUCAUGACCCUUCACAACAGAUUGUUGUUGGCACACAACAGCAACCGCAAACCCAAAUUCCACAGCCGAUGCACGCGCAAGUAGUUCAACAUCAUCAUCACCAUCAACAGAUGCAACAGCAGUUUGCUGGCAUGCCACAAAUGCCGUCAGCAGCCAGUCAAUCUCCUGCAGGAGCACCGAUAACAUUGCCGCAGACGGGAGGUGUAAAUACCUUGAAUAGUACGGCUCCAUCUGCAUCUUCUGCUACUGCAGCAGCACAAAUGCAAGCUCAACAUUGGCCAGGGGGAGUUGAUCCGCCGUAGUGGUAAACGAAUCAUCACAGCGAAAACAAUAUUUCUGAAACGCACAACACACAAAUUCAACAAACAAGCACAAACGUGCUACUAUAGGUGCACGCCUAAUAGAAACGAAAACGCUAUGCUAAAGAUAAAUGAUACAAUAAUAAUACAAUUAAAGGGGCUAUGUUACGGGACACUUGUGAGAACACUUUUAAAGCUUACUAGUCAACAACUUUGACUUCUAUUUUUGAUGCAAGUGUGCAUGUAACUGUUUGCUGGCCACCUUAGAUGAAACGUGUCCGGGGGAUACGGAGUAUUCUUUCAUUUUAAUGCGAAUGAUAGAGAGGUUGUGCAAAUCAAAUCGAAUGCAACCCAUCGUGGGUAUUGCGGCACAACCAUAAUAGCAUUUAGUGGUUAGAUUAAUUUUAUUUCACUCAUUCACCCAAAGCCGAAUUAUCUGCUCCUUGGGUUGUGUUAGUGUUAGUGAUUAUAAAGUGGCAACUGCAUAGAAGAAAUGUUCAAUCGUCUACAACACUGCAAUUUGCACUUGGCAUAUUCUCUUGGGAUAAAAAUGACGGAAGUGCUUUUCCUUAAAUUACGUACUCAGCUAUUCCUGUGCUUUUGGAUUUGCCACUGGUAAAGCAUUGAGUCAGUUUCAUAAGUAUGACAGUGGCUAAAGGCCAAAAAAAUCUCCCAGUACGUUCUUGACGUUCCGUAUUCUGACUGUUUCCAUAGAACCUGUGGUCUCCAAUAUCUCAUGCGGGCUCUUGUUAAGUGCCGCUCCUAGUUUUUGUUGAUGAACAUCUUGUUUGUGUUGAUUUUGUCUUGGCGAAGAACCCUGCUGUUGCCUAUCGCCAUGCCGGACGUUCCUUAUUGGCUGUCCAGUGCCAGAUUCUCUUUGGUUGUCAUACUAUAAUAUUGUUGAGUACAUCGCCUGAGUGAGUGUAAGAAGUUUACGAUGCGAUGAUGCCAUAAUUUUACAAUGGUUGCUCGAUUGAAAUUUCAAUACGAUGAAAGGCAGCAAAUUAUUGCUGCUGUUUCUGCUCUCUUGCAGAUGAACAUUUUUUAGCUCCUUUGGCGAAACAUUACAUUUUCUUACCUUCCGUUGAAGCAUUCGGUGUAUGUCUUGGUCUUUCCGUACAACUUGAUCUCUUAGUCUUGAGUUCUUCGCUUGUUCUUGCGUGACCUGAUUCUCCCAAUGAUCUCUAUCAGUUUCAAGCGCGUGGAAUUUGGUUGUCCAUUCCCGUUCCCGCUGUUCCAACGUAGUUUCCAGCUGCCUUCUUCCUCUUGAUUCAAGUUCCAAUCUCUUUUCCAAGUCUCCGUGGAUACGUUCGAGCUCCACCAAUCGAAGGUUUUGACUUUCAACGAUGCGCUUGUAGGCUUUCACUUCUUGAUGCACGCUUUGAACCUCUUCCGAAUGUAAUCGCUGGAAGAGCGGCGUAGGCUGAGACGUUGCGUUAUUGGGUGGAUGAUGAUGGUACAGGUGAUUUGAAGACAAAGCCCCCCCCCCUUGCGCCCCUACGUGAUGGUCCAUUGGAACAUUCGCCAUUGUCUGUUGU